CGUCCGAAGCAACGCGCGCUUGUUUAGUGAGGUGCUGUAGCUACUGAGGAAGGAGCCGACGGGGAGGGAAACGUAAAGAAAAAGGGGGAAAGAGGGAAAGGAAGAACAGGCCUAGCAACAUGGAUACAGACCUAUAUGAUGAGUUUGGGAAUUACAUCGGCCCAGAACUUGAUUCUGAUGACGACGACGAUGAAAUGGGUCGGGAAUCAAAGGAUCUUGAUGAGCUUGAUGAUGAUGAAGAUGAUGAUGAGAUGGGAGAUCAUGAUGAUGACCACCCUGGGAUGGAUGUGGUGCUACAUGAAGAUAAGAAAUACUAUCCAACAGCCGAGGAGGUGUAUGGUCCAGAGGUAGAGACCAUAGUACAGGAGGAAGACACUCAGCCUCUGACAGAACCUAUUAUAAAACCAGUGAAAACCAAGAAAUUUUCUCUUAUGGAGCAAACAUUGCCAGUCACUGUGUAUGAGAUGGACUUCCUUGCAGACCUGAUGGACAAUUCUGAGCUGAUCCGGAACGUUACACUCUGUGGACACUUGCACCAUGGCAAGACCUGCUUUGUGGAUUGUUUGAUUGAACAGACUCACCCUGAAAUCAGGAAGCGGUAUGACCAGGAUCUUUGCUAUACAGAUAUACUCUUCACUGAACAAGAGAGAGGUGUUGGAAUCAAGAGCACACCAGUGACCAUUGUUCUCCCUGACACCAAGGGCAAAUCAUUUCUUUUCAAUAUCAUGGACACACCUGGUCAUGUAAACUUCUCCGAUGAGGUCACAGCAGGUCUUCGCAUUUCCGAUGGCGUGGUGCUCUUCAUUGAUGCUGCAGAGGGGGUGAUGCUUAACACCGAGAGGUUGAUCAAGCAUGCAGUGCAAGAGAGACUGGCAGUGACUGUGUGUAUUAACAAAAUUGACCGCCUGAUCCUGGAACUGAAGCUUCCUCCUACUGAUGCCUAUUACAAACUGCGGCACAUUGUAGAUGAAGUGAACGGCUUAAUCAGCAUGUAUUCCACAGAUGAGAACCUCAUCCUCUCUCCACUCCUGGGCAAUGUUUGUUUCGCCAGCUCGCAAUACAGCAUCUGUUUCACUUUGGGUUCUUUUGCCAAGAUUUAUGCUGAUAUGUAUGGAGAUAUCAAUUACCAGGAGUUUGCCAAACGGCUCUGGGGAGACAUCUAUUUCAACCUCAAAACGAGAAAGUUCACUAAGAAAGCCCCAACCAGCAGUUCCCAGCGGAGUUUCGUGGAGUUUAUCCUUGAGCCUCUUUACAAGAUACUGGCUCAGGUGGUUGGUGAUGUUGACACCACUCUGCCCCGGACACUGGAUGAGUUGGGAAUCCACCUAACUAAAGAAGAGCUGAAACUUAAUAUCCGUCCCCUUUUGAGGCUUGUCUGCAAAAAGUUUUUUGGAGAAUUCACAGGCUUUGUUGAUAUGUGUGUGCAGCAUAUCCCCUCCCCAAAAGUGGGAGCAAAAACCAAGAUUGAGCACACCUAUACAGGUGGAGUGGACUCGGACCUGGGGGAAGCCAUGAGUGAAUGUGACCCUGAUGGCCCGCUCAUGUGUCACACCACGAAGAUGUACAGUACGGAUGAUGGGGUCCAGUUCCAUGCUUUUGGUAGGGUGUUAAGUGGGACCAUCCAUGCGGGGCAGCCUGUUAAGGUCCUUGGAGAAAACUACACCCUGGAAGAUGAGGAGGAUUCACAGAUUUGCACUGUGGGACGUCUCUGGAUCUCUGUAGCAAGGUAUCACAUAGAGGUCAACAGGGUUCCUGCUGGCAACUGGGUGCUCAUUGAAGGUGUGGACCAGCCUAUUGUGAAGACAGCCACCAUAACCGAGCCCAGGGGCAAUGAAGAGGCUCAGAUCUUCCGACCUUUGAAGUUCAAUACCACGUCUGUUAUCAAAAUUGCAGUGGAGCCCGUAAAUCCCUCUGAGUUACCCAAAAUGCUGGAUGGUCUGCGGAAGGUCAACAAGAGCUACCCGUCCUUAACCACCAAGGUGGAAGAAUCUGGUGAACACGUGAUCUUGGGCACAGGCGAGCUCUAUCUUGAUUGUGUAAUGCAUGAUCUCCGGAAAAUGUAUUCAGAGAUUGAUAUCAAGGUUGCUGAUCCCGUUGUCACCUUCUGUGAAACAGUUGUGGAAACAUCUUCCUUGAAAUGUUUUGCGGAGACACCCAAUAAGAAGAAUAAGAUCACAAUGAUUGCUGAGCCUCUGGAGAAAGGUCUGGCUGAAGACAUUGAGAAUGAAGUGGUACAAAUAACAUGGAACAGAAAAAAGCUGGGCGAGUUUUUCCAAACCAAGUAUGACUGGGAUUUGUUGGCUGCCCGUUCUAUCUGGGCUUUUGGGCCAGAUGCUACUGGACCAAAUAUCUUGGUGGAUGACACCCUGCCUUCAGAGGUUGAUAAAACCCUUUUGGGUUCUGUGAAGGACAGUAUUGUGCAAGGUUUCCAGUGGGGAACCAGAGAAGGACCGCUAUGUGAUGAGUUGAUCCGCAAUGUGAAAUUCAAGAUCCUGGAUGCUGUCAUUGCCCAGGAACCAUUGCAUCGUGGAGGUGGGCAAAUCAUCCCAACAGCUCGGCGGGUGGUGUAUUCUGCCUUUCUCAUGGCCACACCACGAUUAAUGGAACCAUAUUAUUUUGUGGAAGUCCAGGCCCCUGCGGAUUGUGUCUCUGCAGUAUACACAGUCCUGGCCAGGCGAAGGGGCCAUGUGACCCAAGAUGCACCCAUCCCAGGCUCUCCUCUCUAUACAAUCAAAGCCUUCAUCCCAGCUAUUGACUCAUUUGGAUUUGAGACAGACCUCAGGACACAUACCCAGGGGCAAGCAUUUUCACUCUCCGUCUUUCACCACUGGCAAAUUGUGCCAGGUGACCCCUUGGACAAAAGUAUUGUGAUCCGACCUCUUGAGCCCCAGCCAGCCCCCCAUCUGGCCAGAGAGUUUAUGAUCAAGACCCGGCGCAGGAAGGGACUAAGUGAGGACGUGAGCAUCAGCAAGUUCUUCGAUGACCCUAUGUUGCUGGAGUUGGCAAAACAGGAUGUGGUGCUGAACUACCCCAUGUGAUGAUGCUGGGUUGUUUUCAUCCCUCCUCCUGCACAAGAGAACUUUCCCUGGCAAAACUCCCCUAUCCUUGUGUUGCCAACAACCUACAUAGGAGAUGCUGUUGUGUGUCUUUUGAUACUGCUGUCCCAAGGACAAGGCAGCUAUUCUGCCAGAGUGGUUCUGUGCUUAAAGGACAGUAUUUUGGGAUUGUGGUCAGAUUCUACUCUAGCGAUCCUGUCUGUGUUAGUUGAACUCAGACUCUCAACAGAUUUGGAUACAGAACCCUCAGACUUUUCCACAACAAAGCUCUUUUUCAGCAUAAAAGCAGCUGUUGUAUGUGACUUUUUUUAAAAAAUAAAAUAAUAUGAAAUGAAAA